ACACUGCCUCCCAUAAUCCCUAGCAAACGUCCGUCCAUUCCACCGCCUUCCCCCCUUUAUUUCUCUGUCUCUCUCUUCUCAAGCUCCACCACCAUUACCAGUUUAAGACCACCCACAAAAAUCUCCAAAACCCCGAAUCCCACAAAAUUUUUACAGAUUCAUCUUUCCACCGCCUCCCCCCCUUUAUUUCUCUCUGUCUCUCUCUUCUCAAGCUCCACCACCAUACCAAUUUACCACCACCCACAAAAAUCUCUAAAACCCCGAAUCCCACAAAAUUUUUACAAAUUCAUCUUACUUCCAAAUUUGCUCCAAUUCUUCUUGUUCGUACUCCCAAUCUGAAGAUUAGGAUCAAUCCCAACGAAAUUACGAGUCUUACAAUCACAACCCUCAAGAAAUCUCAACUAAUUAUGAUGGGUUGCACUAGCAGAAGUGAUGGAAUGAGGAUGGCAACCGGUGGGAGAAAGAAGAAAUCAUGUGGGUGAUUUUGUUGUCUGACUCGCGAGUUAACUCGGCCAAACUCGUGUGAUGUAGGGUAAACUGUAAGUAUGGAGAAUAGCAACAAUCAUUGUCUCUCAAUCACACCUUCAAGCUUAGUACUUUUAUCAAUUAUUGGGUUUAUUACCUUGAUCUUGAUCCGGGUUUUAUACAUUAUACAUCGGAGCAGCCAACCUCGUAGUGCCUCGUCACAGCAAAAGCCCCUCAGCACCCUCAUUGUUCUGGGUUCGGGUGGGCAUACAGCAGAGAUGAUUAAUUUGUUGAACGUGCUUCAGAAAAAUAGUUUUACGCCUAGGUAUUAUAUUGCCGCUGCGACUGAUAACAUGAGCCUUCAAAAGGCACAAGUUCUUGAAAGCUCUUGGCUCAGUGAGGGAGGAGUUGAAGAGGUUGGAUCUGCUAAAUUCAUGCAGAUAUACCGAAGCCGAGAGGUCGGUCAAUCAUAUAUAACCUCUGUUGGAACCACCUUAAUCGCUUUGGCUCAUGCAUUGUGGCUAAUGAUAAAGAUCAGACCUCAUGUGAUUUUGUGCAAUGGACCUGGAACUUGUAUACCUCUUUGCGCAAUUGCUUUCAUCUUCAAGAUUCUUGGAAUUAGAUGGUCAUAUAUAUUCUAUGUUGAAAGCAUUGCAAGAGUGAGGAGGCUUUCUUUAAGCGCACUGCUUCUUUACAAACUACGCAUGGCUGAUCAGUUAUUUGUGCAGUGGCCACAACUAAAAUCAAAAUAUCAUCGAGCUCAUUAUGUUGGGCGUCUUAUGUAACUCAUUCAUUUUUUGCAGCUGUUCAAAGUUUCAUGAAACUUGGGCUAUGACUUGCGCGCCAAUCAUCUGGGAGGAUGACUUGACUUACCGUGUAUUUGAUGGAGAUGGUUCUAUGACAAAAUGUAUGAUUUGCAGGGAGAAAAAAAUUAGCUCAGUUUUAGCUGUUCUUUGUACUCAAUGGUGAAUAUUACUUAGUGUGGCAGGGGAAGCUGACAGCAACUACCUUGGGGUUCCAUCAACAGACAGCAAGUACACUGACGUAUACUUUUUAGCCCUUAGUUCCUCUUUCUACAACUGCUUUAUAUGCCAAAACAUCUUAAUUUGGUAUAACAUUGUAAGAGAUGAAGGAAAAGGCAAUCUGGGCAUGGAAAAUAGAAAUAGGUUGUAGACAUGUAUACCACUCUGGGCAAAACUCGUGAUUUUUUUGAGAAGAAGGGGGCUAUUUGUGCUGAUUAUAGUGUGGUAAAAAUUUCAUUUGACACAGCUAUUGACUCUUCUUUCAUCAGUUAUUUGUUGAAUUUGAUGCUCAGGAGUUCUUAAAUGAUUUAUAAUAGAACUUUGACAUGCAGCAUAUAUCAUUUUCAG